CCAGACAAAAGCAAUAGAACGAAAGCGAUGAAGCACUGAACACAUAGUUUGCUAUCUCUACUUCAUUUCGACUGACUCUCAAGGGAUGUUAUUGAAAUGUAAUGUAGCUGUAGAGUACUUUUUGAAAACCAUCAGUGCUCUGUGACAACUCUGCCAGUGUGACUCUGCGAUCUAUUAGUCGAGCCUGAAGGGAUUCACUCGCGACAGCACAAGGCGAAACGAGCUCAGCGCCCGGGUUUCAGUGGUAAGACGUCAGGUACCAGCGCAUCAUGGGCUUGACCAAGCAGUACCUGCGCUACGUCUCUGGCGGAGUCUUUGGAGUGAUUGGCAGCCAGAAAGCAAACAUCUCCUACGUGACGCUCCGUGGUGGAGAGAGGGGGCGCUACGUAGCCGUGGCUGCGUGCGAACACGUCUUCAUCUGGGACACCCGCAAAGCGGAAAAGGUCUUGAUCCUGCAGGGUCAGAAACACGAGGUGACUUUUCUGUGCCCCUGUCCCGAUGGCGUCCAUGUCGCCGUGGGGUACGAGGACGGCGCCGUGAGGAUCUUUAGCCUGCUGAAUGGUGAGAGCACCGUCUGCUUCAAUGGCCACAAGUCUGCCGUUACAGUCAUACGCUACGAUGCUCUGGGGGCGCGGCUUGUCACUGGCUCCAAGGACACAGACGUGAUCGUGUGGGACGUCGUCAACGAGUGUGGUCUGUACCGACUGCGAGGCCACAAAGACGUCAUCACUCAGGCGAUCUUCCUCAAAGACAAGAACCUCAUGGUUACCAGCUCCAAGGACAGUUUUGUCAAGUGGUGGGACUUGGACACGCAGCACUGCUUCAAGACCAUGGUGGGCCACCGCAGUGAGGUGUGGGCCAUGGCGUUUCUUAACGGCGAGAACCGUCUGUUGACGGGCUCCGCCGACAGCGAGCUAAGAGCGUGGGACAUCAGCUACCUGCAGGAGGAACAAACUGAGGGCGAGCCCCAAGUGAAGAAGGGGAAAACUCUUCUGGAGGAGGACGACAGUGACAGGAAUGACGAACAUGCGGAUGAGAGUCUAGAAGACCGGAUUUUGACUUGUAAGAAAUCCGGCUCCAUCCUCCGUGAGGCCAGAGACAGAGUGGUGUCUCUGACCUCUGACAGCAAAGCCAGAGUCAUCGCUUGUCAUGGUAAUGACGCCAUCCUGGAGCUCUUCACUGUGCUGUCAGAGCAGGAAGUGGAGAAGAAGAUGGCUAGGAAGCUGAAGAAAGCUAAAAAGAAGGCGGCCAAAGCAGGAGAGGGUGAAGAUGAGGAGCCAGUUGUGGAGAAGACGCUGAAGGACGAGAUCAUCCGAUUGAGCAAAAUCAAGGCGUCCGCCAAGAUCAGGUCGGUGGACUGCUUGAUGUGCGGCGGCGAGCUGAAGGUGGCGCUACUGCUGCAGAACAACACCAUCGAGACGUACAGCCUGAAGACGUCAGAUAAGACGCCAGAGGCCAACAAGACGGCGCGCCUCACUCUGAGCGGCCAUCGCACCGACGCGCGAACGCUGGCCUUCAGCUCGGACAACCUGGCCAUCCUGUCGGCAUCCGGCGACACGGUCAAAGUGUGGAACAGGUCCACCCUGCAGGUGAUCCGUACCAUGGCCUGUGAAUACGCCCUCUGCUCCCUCUUUGUGCCCGGAGACAGACAGAUCAUCCUGGGCACAAAGAGUGGGAAGCUGCAGAUCUUUGAGUUGGCCUCAGGAAUCCUCCUGGAGACCGUUGAUGGCCACAACGGAGCCCUGUGGUCUCUGUGCCUGGCCCCAGACCAGAGGGGGAUCGUGACUGGAGGUGCAGACAAGACGGUCAAGUUCUGGGACUUUGAGCUGAUAAAAGAUGAGGAGAGUGGACAGAAGAGGCUGACGUUGAAACACACUCGCACGUUACAGCUGGAGGAGGACGUCCUGUGUGUGAAGUUCUCUCCUGACUACAGGCUUCUAGCCGUCUCCUUGCUGGACUGCACCGUCAAAGUCUUCUAUACAGACACGCUGAAGUUCUUCCUGUCGCUGUAUGGCCACAAGCUGCCCGUGCUUUGUCUGGACAUCUCACACGAUAGUACGCUGAUCGCCACCGGCUCAGCGGACCGCAACGUGAAGAUCUGGGGUUUGGACUUCGGCGACUGUCACCGCUCCAUGUUUGCUCACGAUGACAGCGUCAUGUUCCUCCAGUUUGUCCCCAAGACGCAUUUGUUCUUCACAGGAGGCAAGGACAAGAAGAUCAAACAGUGGGACGCGGACAAGUUUGAGCAUAUCCAGACCCUGGAGGGCCACCAUCGCGAGGUGUGGUGUCUGAGCAUCAGCCCCAAUGGCGACCACCUCGUCUCAUCGUCACACGACAAGUCUCUGCGCCUGUGGGAGAGGACCAGGGAGCCCAUCGUCCUUGAGGAGGAGAGGGAGAUGGUUCGAGAAGCCCAGUUUGAGGAGAGCCUGGCCAAAGGGGACGAUCCAGUGGUGCCCGGAGAGACCCAAGGCGAGGCCGCGCCGGCCGCGAAGAAGACUGUGGAGACGGUGAAAGCUGCCGAGCGCAUCAUGGAGGCUCUGGAGCUCCUCAGGGCAGAGAACAGGAAGAUGGAAGAGCAUAAAUAUGCUUCCAAUAGUGCCGGAAAACAGCUGGCGCCCCCCAAACCCAAUCCCAUCCUUGCAGCCUUUGGAAACAUCUCUCCAUCUCGCUACGUUCUGGACGUCAUCAAGAAGGUCCGGUCCAGCGAGCUGGAGGUUUCCCUGCUGGUGUUGCCCUUCCCGUAUGUCCCCGAGCUGUUGGCCCUCUUCAAUGGCUUCAUCCAGCAAGGCCUGGAAGUGGAGCUGGUGUGUCGCUGCCUCUUCUUCCUGCUCAAGAUUCAUUUUGGUAAGAUCUCCAGCAGCCAGAAGCUGCUUGCCGUCAUUGACGAUCUUCGCACCAACACGCUCUCCAAAGUGCAGGAGAUCCGAGACCUGAUGGGCUUCAACAGCGCCGCCCUGCAGUUCCUCCAGCGCGAGAUCGAGAGUAAAGAAGAAGUGAUGUUCUUCAUGGACGCCACAGAAAGGCUGCAGGAGAAGAAGAAGAGGAGGAGGAAGCAGGAGAGAGCCGUGCUCACCAUUGCUUGAAACCAACAGAAUUAAAUGUUGUUUCACUUGUCAUCCUUCCUGUCUGAGCCGUGGGCCACCAGCCCCUCCCAUCUCUCCACCCCCCCUGCUGCCGAGUGGGUCCUGACGCUGAAUGUAAGGAGAUGUGGUUGUGACUUUACAAGCUUGUAACUUUUCAGCUACUGUACGUUGAUUCCAAGGCUGUGCUGAAGGUGAGAACAUCACUUUAUCCUUCUAAACCACGGGUGCCCAAACCUUCUCCAGCGAGCGUCACAUAGUGAAAAAUGAAGGGAUGCAACUUUGCCCACCCUGAUGUUUAGUAAAGAUAUGCUCACAAGUUCUAUUUCAUGAAUAAAGGGCAUCGGCUCCAGCAUACCCCCGCCGCCCUACAAGCCAGGAUGAGUGGCACGCUUUGCUCUUUUUUGCCCCCCAUUUUUGCUGUUUUUUGGGGCUUUAUUUCCAGAUAAUUCAAGUUUUUUCAUCAAUGAGCUUCUUAAAUGUUCUUUUAUUCCCAUCAUAUUACAACUUUUUACAACAAACAACAACUUUAUUUUGUUUUGUUUUUCUCAAAAUAUUACUUUAAACAAAACACUUUUUCUUUAAUACUUCAACUCUGUGCUACUAAAAUGACAUUAUUUUUCCUCAUAAUGUUGCAAGUUUAUUCUCAUAAAAUUGCAGCUAUUUUUUCUCUCUUAAUAUUUUGACUUUAUUCUCGUGAAAUUACAGCUGUUUUUCCAUUUAUGCUGUUUUUUAAAAUUUUCCAAAUAUUUCAAGUUUCUACAUAAUUUUCUUUGUUUUUCUCAAAAUAUUGCAACAUAAAAAUAAUAUUUCAA